AUGGCUUCCAGCUCCCCCUUCAUCCUCCUCCUCCUCCCCUUCGUCCUCCUCCUCUCCCCCAUCGCCGCCCAUAACGUCACUCGCAUCCUCGCCGACUUGCCCGACUUCUCCGCCUUCAACCAAUUCCUCUCUCAGUCCUUGGUCGCCGCUGAGAUCAACCGCCGCCAGACCAUCACCGUCCUCGUAGUCGACAAUGCCGCCGCCGCCCCGCUCUCCUCUCUCGACGCCGAAACUCUCAGGAGCGUCCUCUCCAUCCACGUCAUUCUCGACUAUUUCGACACGUAUAAGAUCCACAACCUCCGCCGGCGGACCACUCUGUUCACCACCCUCUACCAGACCACCGGCGUCGCGGAAAACAACAUGGGCUUCCUCAACUUCACCCACCUGGCCGACGACCGCCUCGCCUUCGGCUCGGGUGUCAAAGGCUCGCCCCUCACGGCUACGUACGUCAAGGCGGUCACGGCCAAGCCGUACAACAUUUCGGUUCUCCAGAUCAGCGGCGCCAUCGUGCCGCCGGGCAUUACCGACGCGCCGCUCGCACCCUUCGGCGCGCCGAUAACCGUCGUACCUGAGCCGCUGGCACCGGCUCCGGCGCCUGCGGACGACGACGCCCCGGAUGCUGACGCCCCAGCGGCGGAUUCGCCUGCGCCAACUGCGGACUCUCCGGCGCCGGCCCCUGAUUCACCCGCACCUGCUUCAGGGCCUGCACCGGACUCGGAUGCAUCGGCUCCGGGGGAAGCUGACGAGGAUAAUUCUUCAGCAGGACGGAUAGCCGGCGGCAUUACAGCGGGGCUCCUUGCGACCGUCGCCGCCGUUCUCAUGCUUUAA